CCCCGCGCAUCUCAUACGCAUAUUCCCGUACUGAAAAUGGCCGCCAGCUGUCAUUCGCCUACGAAGUGUGGCUUGUUGUGAAGGAACGCGACGCGAAUUCGGCGCAGGACGGUUCUCCGGGCGCGCAGGACGCCGCGAGAGCGCGAUGCAAUUACGUAACGACGCGCGGCUCGCUGGCUGAGAUCGAACGUGAUCGCUUGAUAGAAAGAGAGUGAAAGAGAGAGAGAGAGAGAGAGAGAGUGAGAGAGUGAGAGAAAUAUCGAGUGCGGAUAGAGGAGAGCGGGGAAACGAGAAUAGAAGUAUACGACGCGCUAACGACGGGGUCCCCUACGGUGUUGCUUCGACGGUGUGCCAUAGUGCCAUGAGAGUGUAACCAGUUCGGCUGUUUACAGUUUUUAUUUUAUGCUAAGUGCGCCGUGACUAGUCUGCAUCUACGCGGGGUCGACGGUGCGGCUGAUCGUCCUCCUCCUCCUCCUCCCCCUCCGUCUCUUCCACCCCGAGUCGCUCGCCGCGCGAAUCGGUCUCGCGACCGCGUUCUAAUACCGUUCACUCGUCCCGUUGCGAUACGAGACUUCCUCAGGAUUUCUCUCGAUUUACAUUCUACACCCUGAGAACAGCCAAGGAAAGCAGCAUGGGUUCCAGUCAACAAUUCUCUCUUAGAUGGAAUAAUUAUUUAAAACAUAUUACUUGUGCUUUUGACACAUUAAGGACAGAUGAGGACCUUGUAGAUGUCACUCUGAGUUGCGAAGGCAAAAGGAUUAGGGCGCAUAAAAUGCUUUUGUCAGCAUGUAGUACAUACUUUAGAGAUUUAUUUAAGGAGAAUCCGUGCCAGCAUCCUGUCAUAAUAUUCCGUAAUGUAAAAUUUGAUGAUUUGGCUGCCUUGGUAGAUUUUAUGUAUCAAGGCGAAGUAAAUGUUGUCCAGGAACAGUUAGCAAGCUUUCUCACAACAGCGGAACUUUUAGCAGUACAAGGUCUUACAGAUGGCACAGGAAAGGAUAACGAUAGUUUAGUAGAGGAUGACAUAGAAAUUCCUAAUGAACCUGAAGUUCAACUGCAGAAUAUUUCUGGCAAAUCCACAGGAGAUAGUAAGAGGAACAAGUCACCAUCCUCUCCGAUGCCAUAUCAUGCCAUCGAAUUGCAACCCGAAGUGCCGCCAAACAAAAGAAGAAAAACUCGAGACAGUACGAAUGCGAAUAUGGAAAAGAAUUCAGGGAAUGCGAAGGAUUCCGAAGGAAAAACGUUGGAAAAUCAGACUGGCCCGGGUUCUGAUCCCGUUGAAAUAAUCCCCCUUAUGCCGAAUUUAAAACUGGAGAUGCCUGAAUACCUGGAGCAAGAUGGUAGCAGCUGUAGUUACGAAGAUCAGAGUAUAGGCGACAAUGCACUCAGUAAAAUUACAAUAGACGACACAUCAUCGAACACGCCUGAUCACGAACAGAAGCCCGAUAUCAGUCAAACGUUUUACUCGAGUCAAUCGACAUCAGAUGGUUUGGAUGGCAAACAUCAAACAGAUGUUGGACACCUACUUUCUAAACCAAGUACCUCAGGAGAAAGAGUGACACAGGAAGCAGUACAAGAACGAGCCGCGGGAGACGCCGCCGCGGGUGGCGACGACGACGACGCCGACGCCAUUUCUGCCAGCGGCGUCGCCGAGCUCGUCCCGGACGACGAUUACGGUCAGUCCGGCGCUGCGGCGGACGCCGGCCUCUUGUUUCGCUGUAGAAUUUGUUGGAAGGGUUUCAAGCACCCGAUGUCGUUGACACUGCACAAGGAUUUGCACACAGGCCAGACCAGGUGUCCGAUUUGCCAGCGCAUCUUCAGUCGAAGUUAUGACAUGAAAGCACACUUGCUGCGCAUCCACAAGCGUCAACACACGUUCAGUGUGUUCGAUGCAAAAUCGAACUUUCGAAAGUGAUGAUGACUCUCUUUUCCCCUUCCCCCCCCCCCCCCGGGCUUCUCUUCCAGUUUCGAUUUUCGUUUCUUCACGACAGUUUUAUAUGAAAUAUCUCAUUGCCGCGAGAAAAUAUAUGUAAUGGCAGAUUUUUUUGUGGUGCUUAGCCGAAAUUAGCAGAUGUAUUUUAAGAGUACUUGAAGAAGUGAAAGUUAAAGAUAUAAUUAAGCUUCAACAUAACGUAAAUAAUAUAAUAUACAAGGAUACAUUAGAUUAGUUUCAAAUGGAAUUUAAGAACUUAAUUCUUAAUCUGAUGUGAUUGCUGUCAACACACCUCUCAAACUUGACGAUAGCACACGACAUUAAAAUGUAAUAUUAAACAUAUAACGUCAGUAAUUGAGAAUGAAAGGACAAGCGAGAGAUGUACUCUUAUUCAUUAUAAAACGGAAAGUAAAGUUAUGCUUAAAAAAAAAAAGAAUGUUGAAUAAAUUUACUUAUCUAGCCAAAAAUUCUAAUGGGUCGCAACAGUAUUAAUAUAUUAGGCCAAGUGAGAGACAGUAUUUCAAUAAAGUCAUGCAAAAAUUAAUCCUCGAGUUAAAUAUACAGAGCAUCCACUGACAUAUAAAGUGUGAUAUAUGUGUCUG